GGGAAAUAAUGAGAAUAAAAAUUUAUUUUGCUCUUGGAAUCCUAACGUUUUAUAAGGAAAUCAAUCUUGUGUAUGGAAAAUCUGUUGAAGUGAUUUCAGACAAUGAAGGUCUUCAAAGGCAGUUUGAAAAUUAUAUGAAUUGUGCAAAAAUGAUGAAUUCAAGUGAUUGUUUAGAAAUUACAGGUCGUAAAAGGAAAGGCACUGACAAUGCGGGAAAUAAUGUAGUAAUAAUUGGUGGUACUGGAUCCCAUGAGCAUGGAUCAUUUGAAGAUGGAUAUUAUAUUGAACUUGAUGAUGAUGCUGAUCAUGGCAACAAAAAGGGAAAAAGGAAAAGAAGAGGCAAGAAGAACAAGAGAAAGAAGGGAAAAGGAAGUAAAAUUUACAAAAAGAUGAAGCCAAUGAUGUAUGGACUUGGAGGAUUGAAGCUUCUACUUGAUCAUUUUCUGCUUAAAAAGCUUGCAUUUGUUACAUUCUUCACAUUCAUCCUCAGCAAAAUUUCCUUCAUUCUUGCAACACUUGUGGCAUUAAAGCAAUUCUUCCACACACCGAUUCCACAUCAACGCGCAGAAAGUCACAAAGUUGAAGUGAUUCACAUUCCAAUUAAGAAAUAUCGACCCAAACAUAUGGACGAAGUUUUUGAUGAAAGUAAAUUUAUUCCGGUAACAUAUGAUUCACUAAUCCCCGACACAACGCCUUCAUACUUUACAUUCCAAAAUCAAAAUGAUUUCAUAUCGAGUGAAGAAAAUUUCCGAGGCAGCUACUUGAGCAGAGACAGAAACAGAGACAAUGACAAUGAAAAUGAAAUUUUAAGUGCAAGUAACGAUGACAAUGAGGAUUUACUGACCGACGAAUUUGAUAGAUCUGAUAAGCAUCAUGACGAGAAGAAUUUUUACAUAAAUCACGUUCAUUCACCUUUCGUGUGAUCUAGUUCCAUACAUUUUUGGUUUUUAAUCUUCUUACUUCAAUUUCUACGCAAAAAAAGUAUUGCAAUGAUCUAAUAAUUCGCAUACAAUACAGAAGAAUUUAGUCACGCGGAACUAAUUUGUUAUCAAUGCAUUUUUUAAUUAAACUCUAAUGCAUUAAUGGUAUUGAUAAUAUACAUCAUCGUUUAAUGAAUAGAGAAAAAUAGCAUGGAUAAUAAAUCACUGCUGGAAAAAAACGAAAAUUUUUCCUUUUAGGCAUUUAUAAUGCAAAAUAAUAAAUUAUAAAUU